AUGACGAGGGGAUAUGCGAAUCCUGUAGCUGAAGCACGCCGUGAAAGUUCGUCUGCAGUGAGAAGAAAUAAACGUGGUAGGCCUUCUCGACGUCUCCAGAGUAGUUGUGGAAAGCGAAGAAGACUAUCGUCAUCUAGAGCAUCCAGGUUACAGCCUACGACUGCAUCUAAAUGCCCACCAAUGACGAAAGAACAGUUAACCAGACUUAAAUCGAUGUCAUCGCUUGAUCUGGUUGGAAAUGAAGAGGCUAAACUUUUAAGAAUGCCGUAUUGUGUUUGUACGUAUGCAUCGCAAUCUGAGAAACAUGAAAUGAAAUCUCACUUACUACUUGGCGAUGUAAUAAAGGUUUUAUAUUUGUUGCUUACAAAUCGUAAACACCAGAAUAUUGCCUUGCAAGUAUUAAGACACUGUUGGAUAUAUUGUCAACGAGUCCCCCUAGCUGAUAUACGUCUUUUUACAUUGAGGGGUUUAUCAUCACGAGACUCUGCUCAUCUGUCUCAGUAUCCAUUGGUAAAUUCAGAGUCACCACCACUGUUUGUUGUCCGGUGGUCUUCUGACAGUCUGUUGAAGGGGACACUAGAAAUUGCCUGUAGCUGUCUACCACGUGACCGAUGCUGGUACAAUUGUUGUUCUGAAAGAUUUCUGCAGGCAUUAUCACGUUUAAUAUUCAAACCUGAUGCGAAAAAGUAUCUUUUAAAUAUAUCAAAAUACCUUUCAUCGAAAUGUCGUCAGAUUUCAAAUGCUUCUUCUUCAUCGUCAGCAUCAUUAUAUGUGUUGUCGGAUGGAAACGAUCGUGAUGAUGAUUUUGAGUUAACUGCACCUAAUCCUCCGGUGGAUGAUAAUAUGCGUGAAAGAAAUUUACACGUGGAAUUGUGCAAGUGUCUUCCUCAGUCAGUUUCAAGUUUUCUAAGAAGGACGACCGGCGUAUCUACGCACCACAUUGCGUCUUUCGGAUUUCUAAUUAGCUCUUUUCAUAAUACAUGCCUACAAGUUCUGAGUGAGGCUAAGACGACUUCAGGUUGUAAUUCAAAUGCUCAAAUAGACAAGAGUGUCUCCUUGAAUCUGUUCAGUACUAUGGAAUGUCUACAUCAAGUUAUAUCUGUUUGUUUGUGCCGAUUACAUGAUUCUUUUGCAUCACUUAUGUCAGCUGGUUCUUGUUUGAAGGCGAGGCAUGAACUCGCAAAUGCAGACAGUAAUUCUGUUCAAUCACGUUCUUCUAUGCGGCUGGCUCGUGGACGAGCUCGUCUUUUUGAAUCGGAAUCAUGUGCACGAGAUAACGUUAUUCGUAUAUUAACGGAAGAGGUUUGUGUUCCGCUCCGUAAUGUGUUAAAUUUCCUGGAGAAAAUGUAUCACACGUUGUGUAGUAUAACAUCAAGUGGUUUCUUGCUUUGUCCUUUCUUCGGUUGUGAUAAGAAGGAUACUAGUUUACUGCCUUCGAAACAGUGUGUAUUCGAUUCUAUUGUAUAUACACGAGGACUUGUUAACUUGGAUGCGCCAUCAAGAGAGCAGCGGAAUAUUGAGUUGUUUACGAAUAUUGCCUUCUUCUUACUCGAGUAUCUCACCACCGAUGUUUUCGGACAUGUUCGUGGUCUGCGUGACAGUGUGUUUUCGUUGAAAGAGGAGUUAUCAAAGACUUAUUCCUCCAUAAUGGACACUUGGGUGCCAGCAUACAAAGACCAGCUUCCCUCUGUUAGUCCACGUGCUGAUAUUGAUUUGAAGUAUCUCUUCUCAUCUUUGCAGAGUCAAUAUGAUGCAAUUGAAGCUUGGAGUCGACGUCAACAUCAGGUAGAAUUGAAGCAGAUCAGUAGUACUAUGAUUAGUUUUCUAACACAACUUUAUGAUUGUUGGAAAUGUGGGUUUCUGUGUAGCGAUUUAAAGUUGCCAUGCCGUAUUUUAAAUAUUCCAUAUGGUUCAAGAAACAGUUUAUCCCAGCCUGUGUUAAAUAAGGUCAAUGUGAAUGGGAUAUCGCCAUGGCCACCUCAACACUUAACUUUUGUUCCACCCGAACACCCAGUGCCAGAAAAUUCAGUCAGUGAUCUAAGUAAAACUGUUUGUUCGACAAGCAGUGAUUCGGUAGAAGAUUUUGUCUAUUCGAAAGUGACAUUUUCACGUGAUUCUUUGAGGAAGACGUUGAAAUCUGCGGUAAUCACAGUGCAUACUCCGGAAGUCAGUAGCAGCAGUAGUAGUCAGAGUGAAGGGCGUAUCUCACGUGAUGAUGUCCAUGAUGGUAAUGCAAGACUGCUCAGUGAUCGAUGUGCUGGAGUGGACUCUUCCGUAUCACACUCCAGUAACCCGUGUUCCCCUAAUAUUAUUCCUCAGACAAGAUUACUUAUUGCUGUUAACCAAACAUGUUCAAAGAAUGUUACAAGUAUGUCACCUAACACCUCCUCAUCUUUGGAUUCUAAUUCUCUUCGAACCACAGAGGUGAUAAAUUCGUCAGAAUCUUCUGUUUCGGUGAGUAAAAGUACUACUGAUAAUUCAGAAUUGAAUUCUUUAAAGUUAGUUACUGAGAUUGUUGUGAAUGAUGUGCCAUCACUUGAGAGCCUUUCAAAUCCCUUAUCAUCAGGAAACGCUUGUAAUAAUAGUCCUACUGAAAUUGACGUUGCGUGCAAAGAAAAGGCAUCUGUUAGAAAUUCAUAUGAUUGUGAGAAAGAAGUUAACGGUAGCCAGUGUCCUCCUCAACCGGUUCGGGUGUGCAGUUCUGUGGUGUCAAAAAACAGUGA